AUGAACAAAUAAUCUGUUGAUCAUUUCUUGAAUAGAUGUUUAAGAGCAAAAUUAGGAAGAUUUAAAAUGAGAACGCAGAUCUUAAUUAUAAAUGGUACAAUCUUAACCCUUUUAAUUCCUUCCAUCUUAAUAGCAUAUGCUAUAAAUAUGUAUUGCAUUGAACAGAUUCUUUACGAUUCCUCAAAGGGAAAUACUAUUUUGGACAUGUCAAAACAUCUUGAAACUGCUUCAAUUAUGUUGA